AGUUAAGAAGGAUCUUUGUGAGCAGAAAGUUGCCUUUCUUCAUUUUUCGACUUUUAAUUCUUCUGAUUAUGAAGAGAUGAGGUGAUAUUGAUUUGCUUCUUCUCAUUCUCUCAUUCUCUCCCCAUAAAUUCUCAACUUCGCUCUCUUAUCAUGUCCCUUGUCCGCCGCCUAUUCCUCGGAACUCCGACACCAUCCCCCUCCCCCUCUAUUCCAACAACCCCCCGUUCUUCCUCCCCUUUUAAAGGCGAAGAAGUGCGUCUCGCGCCCGUCGUUCGGGUUCUCACGCAUAAAGAACGGAAACAUAGAAGACGACGCAAUACAUUUAUAUUUUUCCUCGGUGGACUUUUUGGGUUGGUGAUAGCGGGGUUUUUCGCGGGCAAGAAUGAUUUACUCGAGUUACCGGAAAUGCUGGAGGGGAUUACCAUGGAUAGUCUGAUGGAUGUGCUGCCUGCGGGAUUUGUGAAGGAUGCAAGGGAUCUGGCUAAGGGAGAACGGGAAGCUGUGAAUUAUGAUUCGUUUUCUGUGGGGUUACAUCUCAAGUCGCAGGGAAUUCUUGCGCAUCAUCCAGUUAUCAUGAUUCCAGGUGUUAUCUCGACGGGGUUAGAAUCUUGGGGUACGACCAAUGCUUCACGACCCUAUUUUCGCAAAAGAUUGUGGGGGAGUUGGAGUAUGAUGAGGGCUUUGGUUGCAGAUAAGGAAGGAUGGAAGAGACAUAUCAUGUUAGACAAACGUACUGGACUGGAUCCCCCGGGAAUCAAAUUGAGAGCUGCGCAAGGAUUCGACGCUGCCGAUUUUUUCAUCACAGGAUAUUGGAUUUGGAGUAAGAUACUGGAGAACUUGGCGACGAUUGGUUACGAUCCUACAAAUAGUUACACGGCGGCUUAUGACUGGAGAUUGUCGUAUGCAAACUUGGAGGUUAGAGAUCAAUACUUCACAAGAUUGAAGACGCACAUCGAAUUGGCGAGUAAGAUUUCAAACAAAAAGGUGGUCUUGGUUUCGCAUUCUAUGGGUGGUCAAGUGCUGUUCUAUUUCAUGCAUUGGGUAGCAUCUUCGAGUGGCGGAAAUGGUGGAGAUGAUUGGGUUGAUAAAUAUGUUGAUUCUUGGAUCAACAUUAGUGGAUGCAUGCUUGGAGCUCUCAAAGGAUUGCCUGCUGUGCUAUCAGGAGAGAUGAAAGAUACCGCGCAACUCAAUGCAUUUGCAGUUUAUGGCCUCGAGAAAUUCCUCAAUAAAGAAGAACGAGCCGAGCUCUUCCGAGCCAUGCCAGGAAUCUCUUCCAUGCUCCCAAUUGGAGGCGAUGCCGUUUGGGGUAACGCAACCUGGGCACCAGAUGAUACUCCAGGGCAGGAAGUCAGCUAUGGACAAUUUCUGAAUUUCAAAAACCAAAAUACAUCAACUGGGUAUCGAAAUCUUACGGUAUCGCAAUCACUAGACUAUCUAUUCAAUACAACAGAAGAUUGGUAUCGUGAAGCGGUUAAGGGUAGCUAUUCGCAUGGUGUAGCUCAUACUACAGCUGAAGUGGAAGCAAAUGAAAAUGAUCCCAAGAAAUGGAUUAAUCCACUUGAAACGAGAUUACCUCUUGCGCCAAAUCUGAAGAUUUAUUGUUUCUAUGGUAUCGGUAAACCAACCGAACGUGCUUAUUUCUAUCGCCACUCGGAUAAUCCCCUUUCGUCCCUCAAUAUCACAAUCGAUACUGGUCUAUCCCAAGCUAACAUAGACCACGGCGUGAUUCUUGGCGAAGGUGAUGGAACCGUCAAUUUACUCAGUGUCGGUUACAUGUGUAAUCGUGGCUGGAAAUAUCAUCGCUAUAAUCCAGCAGGUGCAAAAGUUAAGACCUACGAAAUGCCUCACGAACCAGAUCGCUUUAGUCCUCGUGGAGGUCCAAAUACCGGAGAUCAUGUGGAUAUUCUGGGGAGACAGAGUUUAAAUGAUUUGAUUUUGAGAGUAGCAGCAGGUAGGGGCGAGGAAAUUGAGGAAAUGGUUGUCAGUAGAAUUGCGGAGUAUGCGGCGAAUGUAGAGAUUGGGGAAGAGGAGGAGUACAAAGUUAAAGGGGAAGAAGAUGAUGAUGGAAAAGAGGGGGAGAAGAGGAGAGGGAGAGUCAGAGACAAAGUUGAAGAGAAAGCGGAAGAGGUGUUCGAGACAUUGGAGAGGGUUUUGGCGGGGAAGGAUGGGGAUAAGAAGGAAAACAAGGAUGAACUUUGAUAGAAGGGGUACUUUUGUUCAUCUUCUUUUGGGACUGGGUCGGGCUUGGGGAAGGGCGGUGAUUUGACCAUUGUAUAUACGACUGGUACAACAUGUGAUAUCAUACGAAACGACUUAGAAUAUAGAGUCGAUUAGGGAAGGGUCGGAGUUAGAAUCGGGAUUCAGGCGUUUUAGACGGUAGAAGGACGAAAGAAUUCGUGUUAUACAUAGCCGUAUACCUCAUGCUUGAACAGAAAGGUAUUGUCUUCAUCGCAAUUCUUUUAAUGCGCGUCAAUUAUG